AUGUCGUUCCGCACCAUAAGCAGCAAAAAUGCGAUUUUACUAGACAAGGAGUUGAUGUCAACCAGCGUUGGGUUUUCGUUGGACCAGUUGAUGGAGCUCGCAGGAUUGUCAGUAGCAGAGAGCGUUUACAAGAGCUAUCCCCCCAAGACCCACAAGAAGAUGCUCAUCAUAGCAGGGCCAGGCAACAAUGGCGGCGAUGGAUUGGUGGCAGCCAGACACUUGAAGCUUUUUGGCUACGAACCCACGGUGUACUACCCCAAGCCUUCCAGUAGCUUCAAGGGUCUCGAGACACAGUUGCACCGGUUUGGGAUCCCCAUCAUCACGAUGAACACAGACAAGAUCGAUCCCACAAAGCAGAAGUUCAUUUUCGACGAAAAUGUGUUGCGCAAGUUGCUCGAGGAGAGCGACGGCAUUGUGGACGCCAUCUUUGGCUUUUCGUUCCGACCUCCUCUCCGGGCGCCUUUUGACCAGAUCUUGAAGAUGGUGAAGCAGGAGAACGAGCAGUUGCUGAAGAAAAAGCUCAAGCCCAUCAUCUCCGUCGAUCUUCCCACCGGCUGGGACGUCGACAAGGGUCCGUUGCCGGAGUACGACGAGUGGAACUUAUUUCCGCAGGUUUUGGUCAGUUUGACCGCGCCCAAACCCGCCGCCGUGGAGUUCGUGCGUUUGGCUCACAACUCCGCCGCAAAAGGCCGGAUCAGACACUUUUUGGGCGGUCGCUUUGUGAGCCCCGCGUUCGCCGACCGGUGGAAAAUCGACGUCGGACGCUACGUCGGCACGGAGCAAACUGUCGAGUUGAAGUAG